CAACGUUGUCGUUUCUUUUUGAUUGGUUAUUUUCUCUCUCACAUUGAAGCACCUUGUUAUUUAUCAACUUUCCCUUUUACUGAGGUUUUUAUUCUCAUUCUCUCACAAAGCAAAACUCACCACGUUUCCUAUACAGUUGUGAGUGAAUGAUGAAUCAUGAAUAACAUGAAACUAAAGGGUUGCUGAGUGAGAUACCAUUAACAACACUUUUCUCGCAUUUCUCUCUCUAAAGUUUUGAUUUUUUUUCAUAACCCCUUGAUUUUUCAAUAAUAUCAUAGUUGUAACUUUUAUUGGGCUGCUGAAUUUUUCUCUUAUUUAUUUAGUUUUGAUCUAUUCCUUCAUAUGGGUUUUGAUUAAUUCUGCUGAAAAUUUGAAUAGUGUGUGUAUAUUUCUGAGCAUGACAAUUUUGUUUUGAUCUGGUUUUGUUGUGGAAAGUGAGUUUUUUUUUGUUGGUGUUGUUGUUUUGUUUUGGGAUUUGGUUGUGUAUGAAGUUACACAAGUAACAAGAUCUUAGAUUUGAUUGUAAGAAAGGAAGAAAAAAAACUAUGCUUCCUACUAGAUUGGAGGAAGGGAAGGACCCUGCUGCAAUAGCUACAUUAAGAGUCACACACUCUAGGCAAUAUCCUUUGAGGCUUUUGCAGUUUUUCUUACUCUUUCUGAUUAUUGGAAUUGCUGGUUCAUUUCUUAGUAUGUAUAUGGUUAGGCAUUUUGGUAUUCAUAAUGUGGCGUUUGUUCAAUCGUCAUCGCGUAAGCCUUGUUUUCAGAGGCCGGCGGUUGUGGAGAAUUGGUUUAAGGCUCCUUCUAGUUUGUUGCAUAGUAUGAAUGAUGCUGAACUCUUCUGGAGAGCUUCUUUUUCUCCAAGGAUUCAGAGUUAUCCGUUUAAAAGAACUCCGAAAAUUGCGUUUAUGUUCUUGACUAAGGGACCUUUGCCAAUGGCACCACUUUGGGAGAGGUUCUUUAAGGGACAUGAGAAGCUUUAUUCCAUUUAUGUUCAUUCGUUGCCAUCUUACAAUGCUGAUUUUCCGCCAUCGUCGGUUUUUUAUCGCAGACAGAUCCCUAGCCAGGUGGCGGAAUGGGGAAUGAUGAGUAUGUGUGACGCCGAAAGAAGGCUUCUAGCAAAUGCAUUGCUUGACAUCUCGAAUGAAUGGUUUGUUCUUCUAUCAGAGGCCUGCAUCCCUCUCCAUAACUUCAGCAUCGUAUACCGAUACCUGUCACGGUCAAGGUAUAGCUUUAUGGGCGCAUUUGAUGAGCCUGGUCCUUACGGAAGAGGACGCUACGAAGAAAACAUGAAACCUGAAAUCAACCUGAGCGACUGGCGUAAAGGGUCUCAGUGGUUCGAAAUUAACCGCGAACUUGCAGUUAGGGUAGUUGAAGACAGUACUUACUAUCCAAAACUCAGAGACUUCUGCGUCCCGCACAAAUGCUAUGUUGAUGAACAUUAUUUCCAGACAAUGUUAACCAUUAAUACUCCUCAACUUCUGGCGAAUCGGAGCGUCACUUACGUGGAUUGGUCAAGAGGCGGUGCUCACCCGGCUACAUUUGGGAAGAAUGACAUCAAAGAGGAAUUCUUCAAGAAAAUAUUGCAGAAUCAGACAUGUCUUUAUAAUAACCAGCCAACAUCACUUUGUUUCUUAUUUGCUAGAAAAUUUGCACCUAAUGCUUUAGGUCCUCUGUUAGAUUUAGCGCCGAAAGUUCUAGGAAUAGGAAAUUCGUCUCACUUCUGAGUCGCAACAUCCAUGAAGGAUUGCUGUUUGGGGCGUGUUAGUUAUUCGCUGUCAGUUAGAUUACUCCGUUUUGAUCGCGGAAUUUAUCUUCUGCUCUCUGUUUCACAGAAAUUUUGAGUUGCUCUUAUGGCAUUUAGAUGUGUAGGACAUUGAAUUUAAACCCUAUAUUUUUAUACUAGUAUUAGUCGAAAUGUAGACUAGCAUUUUAUUGGAUUACUUGUUAAUCAAAUAAAUAUUUUAGUUAUCUUUUGGGAA